AUGUCGCAGCUUCACCCGAAAGGCAUUGAGGCCGAAGGUAUAAGGAAGAAGAAGAAGAAGAACAAGCAGCAGCAGCUGCGCCAUUUCGCUAAGGAACAAGAACAACAAGUAACCAUGUUCUACGCCCUGCUCACAUGGCUUGCGGCCACGUCCCUGCCGCGACUCCUUUCUGUCGCUGGCUCACCAUUCGACGCGCCCGAAGACGAAGAGCCGUGGUCGCUGGGCGGGGAUAAGGCGCCUCACUACAGCGAGCGACUCGUGACCGAAGGGGAGCCCUUCUCGCUCAGCUGCCGGCUGCGUCCAGGGGUAGACGUCGGGUCGUGGCUCAAGGACGGCCGCAGUCUCGACGCGGGCGCCGGCUACGAGUUGCGGGAGGAGCAGUAUGCCAGCGGAACCUCGGAGGAGAGGGUAGUAACGCUGACCGUGCGAGACGCUCAGGUGUCCCACACCGGCGAGUACAGCUGCGUAAACGGCCUGCCCUCUCGUUACCACCACGUGAUCAUCAUGCCUAAGGACAGCAGCAGGGACCGUGGAAAGCCGCGGACAUUCAUCCGCUGCAUCACACUGAGGCUCAACGAGACCUUGGAGAUCCCGUGCGACCUGCGCAAGGAUGGCGCGGCAGAAGUACGCUGGUACCGUGACGGGCGAGCGGUCAGUCCGGUCGUUGACUCCCGCCUGAAGUUGAGGUCCGACGGAGCGCUGUUCAUUGACGCCGCCAUCCACACCGACACCGGUGCUUACCGCUGCCGCUCGGGAAUGCGUGAGUCUCCCCUGGUCAUCGUCACGCCGCCCUUGCACAUCGAGACUAGGCCGGAGACACGCGUCGUGGACGCCGGAGCCACGGUUAAUAUUGAUUGCAAGGUGGUCGGCGGCAGCAACAUUCCGCAUCUCAGCUGGCUCGUGAGCGGCGUCCCACUCGCCUCGUCGGGAUCCCGGGCGCGGCUUUCGGGAUUCGCUGGCGUCCGCGACUCGCUGCUCACGCUGGCCGACGUGGCGCCGGCCGACAGCGGCGUGUACACGUGCCGGGCUCUAGACGAACGCUGCCCGCGGGCCGCCACGGCAUCGACCAGCCUGCACGUGUGGCCGCAAGGAGUGCACACCAACGAGGAAGUGCCCGGCUCCGGGAUGCUGAUCAGGCCGUUUGACCCACAGCUGACCCUGUCCUGCUCUCGGCCAGACGCCACGGAGAGCGGGUUCAACUGGACCAAAGAUGGCGUCCCGCUGACACAGGGAGACCGCUUGUCCAUCACUGGUGGCACCCUGACGGUGAAACAUCCGGCAGAAAGUGACGCUGGAGUUUACGAGUGCACACUCAGUGACUCCAACAUCACAGUUUCCAUACAGGUCCGCUACAAAGUUUUCUGUUACCUCGACUGGGAAGCCAGCACACCCGAGCCCUCUUACUGGAUUCUUGGCAAGCCCGCGCGCCUUGCCGUGAAGCUGACCGGAUGGCCACCGGCGCGCAUUGUUUGGUUGCGCGACGGAGUGGUACUGUCAACCUCGGAUCGCUUCCGCCUGGAGGCCCACAACAACGUCUCUAAAGGCGCCCUUGUGGUCGAGGACGCGGUGGCUGAUGACAGGGGCAACUACAGCUGCCUGGCCAGCAACGGUUUCGACGCCGACCGCUUUGAUGUCAUGGUCCGCGUACGCAGCAGGUACUCGUUUGUAAUUCCCCUGUCAGGCAUCGGCAUCGAGAUUUGCCUGCUGCUGGCCAUCAUCAUGCUUUCCGAGCUGCGCAGGCGCCGAUCCAGGGGGCGCCACCACCGGGCACGAGGGGCAGCGCCGCCCGCCGCUGCACCCGCGCAGGCUCAGGCUGCGGAAAAGCGCGAAUGA